AUGAUUAACAUAUUCAAUUUUGUAAAAAAGAAUGAUAAGGAGUAAUUCAAAUACUGUUGUUCUGAAAUGAAUCAAAUUUUGAUAAUACACACUUAAAAAUUAGAUGAUUUGAGAGAGACUCUGUAUGGUUGUAUAAAAUAAAAAUCUAAAAAGCUCGAAGACUCUUAACUUCAAGAUGAUAUAGCUCUAUUAAAUGGCCUAAUUUAAAUAAUUAAAUGUCCUAAAAAAAGAUACAUUUUUUCCUGUACCAUUGACUGCUUAAAGAAAUACAAAGAAGACUUCAAUUAUAUUGAUGAUGUUAUUUAAAAUAAUUUAAAAAAAAUGACUACAAAUCAAAUGAGAAAAUUUUCAACCAACAUGAAAAUGUAUGAAAAUGUUAUCUAUAAGAGAGAUAUUUUAAAUAAAUUUUAUAAUUCUUUAGAUGAUUUGGAUUCUCCUGUUAAAGUUAAACAAGAAAUUUUUACCUUUUGA